AUGUUUGUGAACAAAUCGCAACAAUUAUGGACCAAUUGUGUAAAUUCUCUUCAAACACUUCCAACUUUGAACACAUCACACAAAUCCCUGUACGCCAUCGUUAGAGAAAACUUGCUUUUGCAAACAGUUAAUAACUUUGAAGGCAAUGCGAAAGACUUGAUUGAGCAUCUCGCCAAUCGCAUCGUAAAACGUAAGUCGUUGAUGGUUGAGAGAAAACCGCGACAUCCUAGGACUGGACCAGCCUGUACUUGCACAGAUUGUGGGAAAAGUUUUCUAAGCCCAUAUUACUUGAACAUGCACUUACGCAACAGUGGCCAGAAAGAGGCGUGUUGGUUGUGCGGUGCCAUGCUAAUCAGAGGCCAAGAGAUGAAGCAGCAUCUUCACAAAAUACACAAAACUGAAAUGUUCCUGUGCACAGAAUGCCCAAUGCUGUUCAAAACUGACGUAGACAGGAAGCGCCACACCAAAAAGUGUCACGGCCCGGGUGUUAUGACUUGCUCAGAUUGUGGUCGGACAUUCCAAAGGAGUGCAUCCUACGAUGUUCAUACCCAAAUGCACACAGUAAGGACUUGCAGAGCUUGUGGUGCACAAUUCACUAAUCGUGGCUGCUACAGAGUGCACAGGUCGAAAUGCGAGCCAGAAGCUAAACCAGAUUUGAAGACGAUACCAAGGAACAGGCGCUCAAAUAUUCGUGACCCGGCAACUUUCACUUGCGACUAUUGUGGCAAAACUUACCAUUCCAGACCUCAAUUAAAAAAUCAUAUUUUAUGGAUCCAUAUGGAUAUAAGACCUCAUCAGUGUCAGUGGUGUGGGAAAAGGUUCUAUACUCCAGCCCGAUUAGCAGAACACUCUGUGGUUCACACUCGGGUCAGGAACUUUGAAUGUGAUAUCUGCGGUGCCAAAUUAGUGUCUAAAAUGGCGGCGGUGUAUCAUAGAAGACGUCAUACGGGGGAAAGACCCUAUGAGUGUCAGGAUUGUGGGGAAAAGUUCAUCUCUUCAUCCAGAAGAUCAGAACAUGCUAAACGGAGACACAACAAAGGCUCUCGUCUCCACUGUCCCGAGUGCCUUGCAAGCUUUGUAAGAAGUCAUGAGUUGAAGAAACAUAUGGAUAAAAUCCAUGGUGUAGACAAUAAUGUGGUUAAAAUAAAAGACAAAAGUUUUGAUAUGUCAACGGCUGUA